AUGAUUAAAAUCAAUGGAAUAUUGUUACUUGUUAUUGUUAAUAUUUCUGCAGAAAUCUUACAAAUUGAUUUAUAUCCUGGUUAUGGAUGGGAUCAUUUACGAUUUCUUGAUAUGUUACCUAUCUUUGAUAUUCGUAAUUCAUAUAAUUCAACAAUAAUGCAACAAUGUAUCACACAUAUCCCAUUACGUCAAAGUGAAUUUGAUAUUCAAUCACAAUUGAUUGAUUUAUAUAAUAGUUCAACAACUACAUAUGAAUUAGAAAUAAAUCUUGGUGGCGAAAUUCCUUUACCAGAGACUGGUAUUGGUAUUGGUGGAUCGUUUUCUCCAACAUAUCAAGAUAUAAAAUCUCAACAAGGAAGAGAUAAUACGAUAACAUUACGAAAUGUAAUUCGUCAUGAUUUCGCUGAUGUUUUAUUACUUCCAAGUUGUUCUUUAGAUUCUCGAUUUAAAUCUGAAAUAAUUCAAAUAGCAAAUUAUAUUAAAACAGGUGAAUUAAUAAAAGCUAGUUAUGCUGCACAAAUGCUUAUACUUCGUUAUGGAACACAUUAUACAAAUCGUAUACGUAUUGGUGGACAAAUAAUUCAAGAUAAUUUUAUUCGAACAAAAGAUUUUUAUACUAAUGAUGCAAAUAUUUUAUCAACAGAAUUGGCAGCGAAAUUAAAUUUUCUGUCAGAACUUGGUUUAUCAUUUAGUAGUUCAAUAAAAAAUACAUUAGUAGAUAAUAAUAUUAAAAAAUUUCAAGAACAAAUUAUUAAUCGAAAUCUUAUUGCUUAUGGUGGAGAAGCAUAUCUUAUGAAUAUGCCAUUAUCACAAUGGCAAUCAACAGUGAAAAAUAAUCCAGUUAUACUUAAACGUUCAUUUGAAAAUUUAACAAUGGCUAUCGAUAUAAAACAAAUAACUGAAAUUGAAUCAUUGUAUGUCAAUGAAGCACUUAAAGAAAUAAAUAAAGCAAUUAAUACUUAUAUUGAAACAAAUUCUAUUUUUGGUUGUAUGGAUAGAAAUUCUAAUUCGUUUAAUUGGAUUGCUAAUAUUAACGAUAAAACAUGUAAUCAAAAUGUUGUUAAUAUACAAUUUGCUGGUCUUAUUCUUUCUUGUGAUAUAAAAUGGAAUUCAAAUAAUGAUUCAACAUAUCGUCUUAAUGAUAUGUGUACUGAUUUUAAAAAAACAAAUUUUUUUACAAAUAAUGAACAAUGUCCAUUUAGUUUUACUAAAACACUUAUUUAUUCAUCGAUUAAAAUUCAAUCAAUUGAAAAAAUUGAAAAUUAUGGUUGUGGAUUUUUAUGGUUAUCAACAUGUACAAGAUCUAUUCCAAUUGGAAUAGCAACAAGAACAAUAAAUUUAUAUAGUUGUACAAAAAAUAAUUCUGGAUUAAGUCAAUAUAUAUUUGGUGGUUCAUAUUCAUCAAAUAAAAUUAAUUUUCUUACUAAUGAAAAAUCAUGUCAAACAGGUUUUACAUCUGUAUCAUUAAUUAAUGGCAUUAAUGUUUGUCUUACACAACAAAUUGUAAAUCCACCAAAUAUAUUUAAAUUUGGUGGAAUAUUUUCAUGUCAAACAAAUAAUUCUGAUAUAUGUCCAAUUGGGUUUAGUCCUUAUCCUAUCGGUUUAAUCGAUACAGAUUGUAAUUUAUAUGCAUGUUUACAAUUAAAAGCACAAGAUAUUACAUUAUUACCAACAAUAUCAUUACCACCAUAUUUUAAUAUAAUUGAUCAAUUAACAUCCCCGUCGAUAAAUAUUAGUAAUAAUACAAUUAAUGGAAAAUUAAUAUCGAUAUUACAAAUGGCUCCAAUAACGAUUGAUCAAUCUUUGAAUUUAGCAAUUAAAUCUGAAUUUAUUUCAUGGAUUUUAUUCUUACCUAUGGUUAAAUACUUCAUUUUUUAA